AUGUCUUUCCCCCAGGAUCCUCGCCGCCGUCGUGGUGGUGCUGGUGCUGGGUUCAGCGCGACGGGCCGCCGAACUGCCAUGGGCUACUGGAUCCCUCUCGCGCUUACCGUUGGUGUCGCGACAUUGAGCGUUGCCGCCUGGAUAUGGAGUGAACGAGACGAAGACGACGAUGAGGAGGACGACCGCCGCCCCCACGACGGACAAGGCCCCUACCCACCACCACCCCCGGUCCCAUCGGCGGCGACUUCCCUCCUCCAUCCUAUGCCUCGGAGGGCUAUGCUAGAAGGUGCUUUGCGCCGAACUCCAAGCCCCCAGCAGAUCUUUGACGGCGCAAGCCGAAAAGUCGCGGCUGGCGUGACAGCUGCCGGUGCUUUCGUUGGAAAUGCGCUCACGUCCAUCCGCGAGGAAAACCGUGGCGACUUUGAAGAUCACUCGCGGUGGUCCGAAGAGGCUCAGUCUCGCGCCAUUGGUGGUCAGCAAACCCCAACUAUGAGUGGUGCGCUGCCAAAUCGUGGACCUGUCUCUGGCCAGCACCCCAUCGACAAGAAGAAAAAGACGGUUGUCAUUGUCUCUAUCUUAUCCCAUCUGCCAGAACAUGUUGAUCUAGAUACCUCUCGAAUCUUUGUUCUGAUCUACGCCCCUGAAGUGAAGCAUGCGAUUGGCCAAGGCAGCUCAUCGCGUGCCACCCAAUCUAUCGCGUCGUCUUAUUCGAACAUUGCCACGGAAGAGGCGAACUCAUCUGGUGAAUUGCCAAGCAAGGACCUCCAGGCCCUUGAGCCUCGCCAAGAUGACGACCUUGAGAGUCACAGCCCCUUCUUCAAGACCCUGUACACUCAGGCUCAAGCACUGGUUGAAAAGGAGAACAUGAUCAUGCCUUUCAGCACGGCAACCGGUUAUGUGCACCUUGUGCGCCACCUUGCCCCCGAUCUCGUGUAUGUCCAGGAGUCUCUCACUGGCAAUGAAGGCGAGGGCGAGGCUGUCCAGCACAUUUCCGGAUGGGUUCGACAGGUCGUUGUUGUCGUUGGUGAUGAGGGUGGCCGAGGCGGACUCAUCGACAGUGAUGACGAGUCCGCUCUUGCCGAUAAGGGAGAGCGCUGGUGGCAAAAGGACGGCACAACUGGCAUUGGAAAGCGCAUUGAUGUCGUUGAUGUUCUUCGUGUUGGUGACGACUGGCGACGCCGGGUCAGCGGCUUGGACUAG